AUGGGUCGAGUAAAAAUUAACACAGAUGCAAGAGUUUUUGGUGAUGAGGACGUUGGUCUUGGUAUGGUAGUUCGUUACUCAGAGGGACGUUUUGUGAUGGCUGUUGCCAAACGGGUGAGUGGAAGAUGGUCGGUGGAGGAAGCUGAAGCUCUUGCUGCGGAAUUCGGAGCACAAGUGGCGUAUCAGAAUCACGUGCACAACCCGGUCCUGGAAAUCGACAACCAAACUAUAGUGGAGAAGAUAACAAGAGCAAAGUCCAUUCUUUCAGAGCCGGGCACCAUUUGUCGAAGUACACGAAGGUAUCUCUCUUUGAUGGGUUUGCGAGCUGGCAACAUGUUAAUAGAAAAGGAAAUAUGGCAGCACAUGUCAUGGCACAUUCCGAAACUAGGUGGGAUGAGAGGGUAG